AUGGGACGUCAUCUCGGCGUCCGAGCCGACCCCGAGCCGGCGCCGGUCCUCACCACUGCCGGCAUCUUCUUCAUAUGCUUGACCUGCGUGUGGACGGUCCUGGUCGUGGCCGGCAUGUCGUACCUGAUUGUACGCCGCCACACGCCCCUGCUCCGGAUCCGCGGCCUGUAUCUCUCGCUCUCGGCCAUUACGCUCCUUCACUUGUAUUGGAUAUCCGUCCAGCUCGGCAUCACCAUCGGUCCCCUGGCGCCCGCGCAGGCUGAGUACUGGGUCAUGGGUAUCUACUUCCCCUUCGGCAUCGCCCUUUUCCACGCCUCCAACAGUCGAUUCCUUCAUGUUGCCAAGGCGCAGAAAAAGUACGCCCAGCACGGAAGCAGCGUGGCUAAAGGUCCAUCCAAGGCCCGGUGCACUGGCGGUAUUCUUGGUCACUUCCGCCGUCUUGACUACACGUCCAAGAUUCUCCUUGUCGUCGGGCUGGGGAUGCUGUUUCAGCUUUUCAUCACCAUCCUCAUGUACGUCAUUUCCCGCAAGUUUCAUCGGUCUUGGGGCAUCGCCGGCACCGAGGUCAACGGUACCGAGAUGGAGCAAAAGAUGGCGAUGGGCAGGGGCUGGGAAUGGUGGCCUUCUGUCUUUUGGCAAUUCUUCUGGGCCUGGCUUGUCGCCCCCUAUAUUCUCUGGAAGGCGCGUGGCAUCCACGACACGCAAGGCUGGAGGUUUCAGACAGUUGCCUGCGCUGUUGCAAAUCUCCAUGCUACGCCCAUGUGGGUGAUCGCCCUGUACGUUCCCGCCAUGGCGCCGGUCAACCAGUACUGGGUUCCUCCUCAGUGGCUCGCCGUCUCCAUUAUGAUGAUGGAAAUCUUCACCGUCUUCCUCCCCUGCUGGGAGGUAAUGCGAAGCCAGGCCCUUCGCCAAGAGACGCUCGAGUCGAUUGCGCAUUGGGAGGCCAAGAACAAGGCGUCUGGCCACGGAGCCAAGUCCCUCCACUCGGCCACCACGGCGGUGGAGUCGAUGAUGUCGGGGCGGAAGUCGACGACCAACGCUUCCGUCAGGACCAGCGACUCUGGCGAGAGUAUCCUGACCAUGAGCGCCCUCGAGCACGUUUUGGAACGCAACCCCGGCCCUCUCCAGCAGUUCUCCGCUCUGCGGGACUUUUCUGGAGAAAAUAUUGCUUUCCUGACCAGCGUCGCCGAGUGGAAGAACUCGUUGCCCGCCGCGGCCCGAAACAGCACGCACGGUUCGCAAGACCAACAGACUAGAGAACUCGUCCGGGAGCGGUUCAACCGCGCUCUUCGCAUCUAUGCGGGCUUCAUCAGUACUCGUGACGCCGAGUUCCCCAUCAACAUCUCCUCACAGGACCUGAAGAAGCUCGAGGGGACUUUUGAGAGUUCCGCCCGCAUCCUCUACGGCGACAAGUGUGAGGUUGAUCCUGCCACCCCGUUCGACAUGCCUGAACUUUCUCCGAAGGCUUCCACCACUCCCACCUCCUCCUGCGGGGGGUCCGAAAAGGCCGUGGUGGCUACGUCAGAAGAUGGCAGUGCUGUCGGAGAUCGUGUCCAGUUCUGGGGCGAGGUCCCCGGGUCGUUUGACGAGACGGUCUUUGACGAUGCCGAAAAGAGUAUCAAAUACCUCGUGCUCACGAACACGUGGCCAAAGUUUGUCAGGAGUCGCCGAACGUCCAUGGACACAUUCGAUAUGGAGGCUGGCAACAAUGCCGUUUAG